AUGAUUCCUUGUGAUAGUGAGAUUAAGAUUGACUUUGACUCAAUUUUUAGAAGAACUGAUCAGGAUGAGAAGCCAGGAUUAUUAGUUGAGGAUAAAGACCUCAACAAAACCACUGUUCUGAGUAAUGGACGUCCCACCAUGAUGAUUCCUUGUGAUAGUGAGAUUAAGAUUGACUUUGACUCAAUUUUUAGAAGAACUGAUCAGGAUGAGAAGCCAGGAUUAUUAGUUGAGGAUAAAGACCUUCUCAAUAUUAUAGGUUUUAUAGGUAUUAUAGGUUUUGGAAUACAGAAGACAGAUCAAGGUCAGUGGGUGGCUCCACUCCCUUUUCGAUCUACCAGGAAAACCUUGCCAAACAACAAGGAAGCAGCUGAACGGCGUGCCAGAUCCUUUGAUGCAAGUUUGAAGCACAAUGAACAAAAACGCGAGCAUGUGAUUGACUUUAUGCAGAAGUUAUUUGUUAAUAACCAUACAGAAAAGGCCCCAGAUUUGGAUGAAGGAAACGAAUGCUGGUAUCUUCCGCUCCUUGGAGUAUACCAUCCCAAAAAGCCAGACAGCAUAAGAAUGGAUUUUGAUUCAUCUGCCAAAUUCUGUGAUGUAUCUCUAAAUGAUGUGCUUCUCAAAGGACCCGACCUUAGCAAUAGCUUGCUAGGAAUCUUGAAGCGAUUCAGAAAGGAAGCAGUAGCAGUAACAAUGGAUGUGGAACAAAUGUUCUAUAACUUCAAAGUGAGCCCAGAACAGAGAGACUUUUUGAGAUUUUUGUGGCACGAGGAUAAUGAUUUCAACCGCCCACUUACUACCUUCCGUAUGACAGUGCACGUCUUUGGGAAUAGCCCCUCACCCUCCGUCACCACUUAUGGUCUGCGAAAAUCAGUAGAAUCAUCCAGUGAAGACCUCAAAGAUCUCAUAAACAAUAUUUUUUAUGUUGACGAUGGUCUAUUGUCAUGUUUCAGUGAGGAAGAAGCCAUACAUGUAAGCCUUGUACAUAGGGCAAAGGACGCGCUUAAUGAAGGAGGGGAGUUAAGACUUCACAAAUUCGCAUCGAAUAGCAGAACACUUCUCGAUUCAUUUCCAUCAAAUGACCUCACCAAGAACCUGAAAUACCUUGACCUCGGUGCAGCGUCACUACCACUACAGAGAAGUUUAGGACUUUUAUGGGAUACAGACUCAGAAGUCUUUUUGUUUAAGGUGUCAGAUGAGCAGAAACCUUUUACCAAGCGUGGAGCAUUAUCCAUCAUCAAUAGUAUCUACGAUCCGAUAGGUUUUGCUCAACCAGUUAUAAUCAGGGGCAAAAUACUGCUGAGAAACAUGGUCUCCUCCCCAUCAAAAUUGGACUGGGAUGAUCCCUUACCUGACUCUCUCUACAAGGAAUGGAAAUCCUGGGUACAAUCGUUGCCAGAGUUAGAGGAGUUCCAGAUUCCCAGACAGAACAGUUCUCAGUCAUUUGAGGGCGCCCAGAAGAGAGAGGUGCAUAUCUUUGCAGAUGCAUCUAAAGAAGCCAUCGCAGCCGUGGCAUUCUUGAAGUUGUAUGGCAUGAGUCCAGAUUCCUGCACAACAAGUUUUCUCUUGGGAAAAGCAAAGGUUGCGCCAUUUAGUGGGAAUACAGUGCCUAGACUCGAAUUAUGUGCUGCGGUUUUGGCAGUUCAGUUGGCAGAUGUCAUCCAUGAACAGUUGAAGAUAGAUAGAAAACAUUUUUCUUUCUAUUCCGACAGUCAAGUGGUACUUGGGUACAUAACAAAUGAGAAUAGAAGGUUCUACAUUUAUGUAGCAAAUCGAGUGAGUCGCAUCAGAAUGUCAAGUCAGCCCUCGCACUGGAAUUACAUAGCAUCUGAACUCAACUCAGCAGAUGUUGCUACAAGAAGUGUGAAAGCAUCUCAACUAGCAGACAGUAUGUGGAUCAAAGGACCAGACCUGUCAGCAGAAUCCCAUUCCACAUCUGCUCUAGACUAUUACCCUCUCAUCAACCCAGAGAUAGAUAAAGAGUUGCAACCAGAAGUAAGGUGCUUCAAAACAGAGGAGUUGCAAGACAGGAAGUCCAUGCUUGGAGUUUCCAAUUUUACAAGGUUUUCAGACUGGAGAAAACUUGUGCGAGCAAUAGCUUAUUUAAAGACCUUCAUUAGGAAGUACAAGGGUGUGAAGACUUCCAAUACAGGUGGGAAAAUUUACGACACAGAUAUCGUCUCAGAAACAGAACACUUCAUUAUUCAGACAGUUCAGAAGGAAACCUUUGGCCCAGAGAUUCAAGCCAUUAGAAAAGGAAGAUUACUGAACAGAAGCUCAAUCUUAUCCUUGUCUCCAGUGCUAGGUCCAGAUGGUCUCUUACGUGUUGGCGGGAGGUUAAAGGGCAACAGCAUUGUUGACAACUUAUCCAAACAUCCGAUAAUCAUCCCUAAGGACCACUUAUCCAAACAUCCGAUAAUCAUCCCUAAGGACCACCACCUGGCCAAGCUUCUUAUUUACCAUUUUAAUUGCAAAGUUUCACAUCAGGGUCGACACUUCACUGAUGGAGCGGUGCGAGCUCUUGGAUUUUGGAUAGUGGGGUCCAAGUGUAUGAUUUCAUCUGAAAUCAACAAGUGUGUUAUAUGCCGCAAGCUUAGAGGAAAACUUGGAUGGCAACAGAUGGCAUGCUUACCAGUAGACAGAGUGACACCUAGUACUCCAUUGUCAUACGUUGGUGUGGACACAUUUGGACAGUGGGCAAUUGUUCACAGGAGGACCAGAGGAAGUUCAGCCAAUCAAAAACGUUGGGCUUUGUUAUUUACUUGUAUGGUGACCCGAGCAGUACAUAUCGAAGUCAUCGAAGAGUUAUCAAGCGCAGCAUUUAUUAACGCAUUGAGGGGAUUCGUUGCCAUUAGAGGUCCAGUGAUACAGUUAAGGUCAGACCGGGGAACCAAUUUCAUUGGGGCAACACAGGACCUGUCCAUCAAUGCUGAGUUUGUGGAAAAAGGACCAGUUGGGACGUUUCUCUCUAAUUCAGGAACUUCUUGGGUAUUUAACCCACCCCAUGCCUCCCACAUGGGGGUAGCAUGGGAACGUUUUAUAGGAGUGUCCCGCAGAGUACUUGACUCUAUGUUACUACAGAAUCGAGUCGAACUUAACCACGAUGUCUUGGUAACUUUCAUGGCAAGGUUACAGCUAUUGUAA